AAAUAUUGUAAAGCUGGUUCAAAUGCAUCCCAUCCUUGUUCCAUACCAAUUCAAACUACCAAGUCUCCAACCACCUUUCUCUUAAUCCAUUCCUCCACAAUGACCACAGGAGCACAACCACAAAAGGUGGUUCCUCCACCGCCAGUGGCGGAGUCCAAAUACAACAAGCUCAUAGAAUGUCCAAAUACACACAUGUUGACUCUUCUAUGUCUCAUCACUUUCAUGCCCAUUCUACUACUCAUCCACCUCCAAUACAACUUCUUCAUCAUCCUCAUCUUCUCCACCCUCCUCAUGUUCAUAUCUGCUCUCUACAUCAUGACCCGCCCCAAACCCGUUUACCUCAUCGACUACUAUUGUUAUCGCCCGCCGGAGCAUCUCCAGGUCUUGUUCAACUGGUUUAUCGAGCAUUCCCGGCUCACCGGCGGUUUCACCGAGUCGUCGCUCGAGUUCCAGCGCAAGAUCCUCGAGCGCUCCGGCCUUGGCGAGGAGACCAGCGUCCCGGCGGGUUUACACCUCCGGCCACCGAGCCAAUCCUUCGCCGCCGCUCGCGAAGAAGCCGAGGCUGCCAUAUUUGACUCCCUCGACAGCCUCUUUAAUUUCACCGAUAUUAAGCCUAAAGAUAUUGGCAUACUAAUAGUCAAUUGUAGUAUGUUCAACCCAACACCUUCUCUAUCUUCCAUGAUUGUGAAUAAGUACAAGUUUAGAAGCAAUGUUAAAAGCUUCAAUUUGGGUGGUAUGGGUUGUAGUGCAGGUGUGAUCGCUAUCGAUCUCGCGAAGGACAUGUUACAAGUUCAUCGAAACACUUUCGCUGUCGUUGUUACCACUGAGAACAUUACUCAGAACUGGUAUUGUGGGAACAUGAAAUCUAUGAUGGUAUCCAAUUGCUUGUUUCGUGUUGGCGGAGCGGCUAUUUUGUUAUCAAACAAACCCGCGGACCGCUACAGGGCCAAAUACAAGUUAGUCCAUGCUGUAAGAACACAUUGCGGUGCUAAUGAUGAAGCCUUUCGCUGCGUGUCUCAAGAGCAGGACGAAAAAGGCAAAAGCGGCAUUGCGUUGUCUAAAAAUCUCAUGGUGAUCGCGGGAGAAGCACUUAAAGCCAACAUCAAAACAUUGGGACCUCUUGUGCUGCCAAUUAGCGAACAACUUCUCUUUUUUAUGUCUAUCAUUAAGAGGAAGUUGCUUAAUAAGAAAAUUAAGCCUUACAUUCCGAAUUUUAAAUUGGCUUUUGAGCAUUUUUGCAUACACGCGGGUGGAAGGGCAGUGAUCGACGAGCUUGAGAAGAAUUUGCAGCUUUUGCCAGUACAUGUGGAGGCUUCUCGUAUGACUCUGUAUCGGUUUGGGAACACUUCGUCGAGUUCAAUCUGGUACGAGCUCGCUUACAUAGAGGCUAAGGGGAGGAUGAGAAAAGGGCAUCGAGUGUGGCAAAUUGCAUUCGGGAGUGGGUUCAAAUGUAACAGUGUGACAUGGAAAGCUCUUCAAAAUGUGAAGUCAUUGCAUCACAAUCCUUGGGCAGAUUGCAUUCACAGGUAUCCUGUGCAGAACGUGUAGUGUUAUCAGCUCGUAUAUACCAAACUACGCAAGUAUGAUAUGGUAUGAGCUGGUAACACGGCAUUGGUUUGAUCGCAGUAUCACACCAAGUAGUUCGAGAAUAUGAUAUUGUUUUUUCUAUUAUCGUUUUAUUCAUGACAUAAAGCAAUGCUCUGUAGUUCUCCAUUGAUUAUGUUUAGUUUAAUAGUUUCUACGAAAUGAAAUGUAUGAUAUGUAUAUGUUUAAUUUAACAAAUUUGCAACUCCUA